GCAGGGAACUUGGUGUAUUAUUGUUACGACAAUGCGUUUCGAAACGUUUAUUGGUGAUUUUAAAACGAUUGAUAGAAGUAGAAAAAAAUAUCUCUAAGAUAAAAUCUUUAAAAAAAAAAGUAAAAGUGUUACUGGAAAUGUUGAAAUGCUAAUGGUUGAAUAUAAUUAGUGUUUGUUUUUUGUCGUAAAACUGUUUUUUCUGAUCAGAUAUAAGUUUCCUAAUCAAGAAUAAAGUACUACAAAAAAAAAGGAAAAAUCAUGACUAUCCUACUCAAAUAGACAAGGUUAAAUCCCAGACGUAACUAGUUUGUACAAAUAAGUACAAUGGCAGUAUAUAGGUGUUUUUACUAUCUUGUUCUCGGCACCAAUUUAAAAUUAUAAACAGGAAUCUAACAGAAUAAAUAGAAUUAUAAAUUCGCUGCUAGAAUAUUAUUCAUGAAAGCCAACGAAAUGUGAUCAAUAAAGUAAUUAUUGAUUUAUCCCGAUGGGACAAAAGCCUUCACAAUUGGGAAAUGCCAACAGACGUCUGCCACUUUCAUGGACUUUAAGAUCUCAAAACCAUCAUCAUCAUCAACAAAAUACCACAGCUUCGAUUAAAAGCCAAUACAAAACAAAUAGAAAGUCCCCAAAUAAUACCGGUAAAGAAAACGCGCUAAAUACAGAAGCACCAUUGAAAGGAAGAAACUUAAAAACAAUAACAAGUGUAAAUAAUAGCAUAAACAACAACAUUAAUAAUAAUAAAAUUAACUCCAAUUCUAUUAAGAAUACAAACGUUACCGAUGUACAGUGCAAAAUACUAAAAACUCAAAAUGCUCCAUUGAGAACCAAAUCAGAACCUAACUUAGCAGCGGAAAAGAGAGAAAAGCACAAGCAUAGAAGAAAAAGUUCUUCUAGAAGUAAAUAUGGAAGAACUAACGAGAUACAACAGUUUGGUUAUGAGAUAGAUGAUGUGGAUGAGUUUUUAGCUAAGGCAAGUAUCGAUAAGCCAGCUAACAUUCCAGUUGUUCUCGCAUCCCCAAGUGUAUUAUACCAGACCAGAGUUGGCGGAUACCAAGCGGAGAUAUCCCUUCCUUUAGGAAUGGUUGUGAACGCGGUCUUCAAGAACCAACAUUGGCUUUACGUGCAAACUCCGCACGCCGAGGAAGGAUAUGUCAGCUAUGCCGCUUGUUUACCUUUAGGAAUUAUUCCACCACCUGAAAAUUCUUUAUCACCCUGUUGGGAAAAUAGCACAGAUGUAUUUCCAAAACCAUCCGGUAACAUGACGGACACGGAAAAGCUUAGUUCUCGAUCGGAGUGUAGUGGUGGAAGAUGCAGAAGUAGGCGGUCAAGAAAUGCAACAAGUACAUGUGGCGAAAGAAGUGUUGAUAGACUUUAUUUACGGGCGGCGGCAUCUGCAAGAAAUAAAGGGGGAACGCGACAAACUUUAUUAAUUAUUUGUUGUGACUACGAGGGCGGUAGGAACAAUACGUUGAAUGUGGUGAAGGGUGACGUUGUGGUGUUGAUUAGUACUCAUGUGGAAGGGUGGUUUUGGGUUAAGAACAAAGAGGGUGCCGAAGGGUUUAUACCCGCCGCCGUUGCUGGGCAUGGUUUUUUGUAAUAUUCUGAAAUAAAGUUUUUAUUAUUUGUUUUUA